AUGGCAGAACAUAGCUUCGAGGAUGCAGCCAAUGAAUUCAGAAGCAUUGUGGGGAAAAAAAAUGACGAAGUUUCUAAUGAAGAUAAAUUGACGGCAUAUGGCUGGUACAAGCAAGCAACCGAAGGGGACAACCCCAAAGGUCCCUCCGGCAUGUUUAGCUUUGGGGCAGAAAGUGCUAAAUCGGAUGCGUGGUGUAAAAAUAAGGGAGUUAGCAAGGAAGAAGCAAAGAAAGAAUACAUUAAAUUUGUUUAUGAAGUUGCUAUUCCGAAGUAUAGUUGA